AUGGGGGAUGUUUGUGUGAUACUAGCUAUGGACUGGCUGAUUCGUUUCGGUGCCAUGAUCGACUGCGAGGGUCAACAUGUGGUAGUUCAAACCCCAAGUGGGGGAGACCUGAUUAUCUAUGGUGAUGGCACCAGGUUGGGUUCAGGGUUUUGCUCGGCAGCCAGGGCACGGCAGUAUAUUCAACACGGAUGUGCGUGCUAUUUGGCGUAUGUUGUAGAUACGCGGGUCAGGGAUCAAGUCUCGGUUUCUGAGGUUCCAGUCAUUAGAUAUUUUACUGAUGUGUUUCUGGAGGAGUUACCCGGAGUUCCUCCAGAGAGGCAGGUCGAGUUCAGGAUCGACAUUGUGUCAGGUGCGGCCCCUAUCGCCAAGGGGUUGUACCGAUUGGCACCGCCUGAGAUGCAGGAGCUGUCAUCUCAGUUGCAGGAGCUGCUAGGAAAGCACUUCAUUCGUCUGAGCAGUUCUCCGUGGGGAACACUGAUUCUCUUCGUGAAGAAGAAGGAUGGUUCACACUGA